AUUUAAUUAUCACAACUGAUCAUGAACUCCAUUAUUGUCAUUACACAAUUUCUUCAUCCUUUUCCGUAACUCACCACCUAAUAUUAAUCAUCUAGGGUUCCUCUAACCACCCAAAAAAAGAAGAGGAAAACUUUCUUCUAGGGUUUGGCGUCAACGUCCAAGUUGUCCCUAGAGAAUGGAGAAACCUGGUGGCCUCUGGAUCCCAAAGAAAAGCAACAAAGAAUCAUCAUGGGAAGAGCUGGCCUUCGCGGAAGACGAUGCCGCCGGAUCUUUGUGGCCGCCGAGAUCUUACUCGUGUAACUUUUGCCGCAGAGAGUUUAGAUCGGCUCAAGCCCUCGGUGGCCACAUGAACGUUCACCGAAGAGACAGAGCACGGCUAAAGCAAUCCGAGGACCAAUACUUAUUCUCCAAAUCCUCUUCGCCUCCGGAGUAUCCAUCUCAUAAUUGUAGCGAUGAUAUUCGUGAAACCUCUAGCUAUACUUUGGUUUUUAAGUCCAAUCCUAAUCGUUUUGAGUCUCAACACUCCUGUGUUAUUGAUCUUUCAUCUUCUCCUUCUCCUUUGCCAUUUUUGACUCCUAGGGUUUCUUCCUCUUCACCAUCUUUUGUCGUAGAACCUUCCAAUGAUUCUAAAAAGAUUAUAUCUUCUUCCCCAUGGUCGUGCCCGGGUAAAAAGGGUUGUGAUCUUUAUGAAGUUCCUUUCAUGGAAGGAAGCAGGAAGAGAAAGAUCGACAGAGAUGAACCAAAGAACGGGGAUAAAGUAAACGUCAAUCUUGAAAACACCAAUGAUCUGUCAGUGAGAAUGAAUCUGGUGAUCCACAAGGAUUGUCCGAAUACUGCUCAAUGGGGAGAUGAAGAGAUCGGGAAGGGUGAUAUGAUCCAUAAGAGAAGACGAAUGCGUGAGAGUUCAUCGCAGCCGUCGAUAUUCAUUUCAAGUUUAUCUUGCAAGUGCGCCAUAAUUACAAGAAACGAGGAGCUCAAACAUAAGGGUGGUCACUUUGAGGAUUUAGAUCUUGAGCUUAGGCUAGGAGGCGAUCCCCGAAAGGCAAACUGAUUUAUGGAUCAUCCAUGAAUAUCUACCAAAACGCAAGAGGUAAAGAAAAACAUAAUAUAUAUUUAUAAUACAAAAUUUUAUAUGGAUAUGUGUGUUACUUUGUGUUAUCUUUCCUUGUAUUUGUGGUGUCUAAAAUGUAUGGCUAUAUACGUAUUUUGGAGGCUUUGAA